AUGCGAUUCGGUCUGGGUUGCAGUUUGGGAUGCAGCUGGGAUGUGGUGUGCGCUGCUCACUCCCGGGAUGCUCCACACCCCGUGCCCGCGCGCAGCAGGACACCCCCAGUCCCCAGAGACCCCGCGGGGUCCCCUCACCGGACCGGGGGGUGCCCGCGGCUCAUCCACCCCCCGCCCCAUCCCCUCCACCCCCGGGGGGUGCCGCCGCCUCUCCCGCAUCCCCGCAUCCCCCUCUCGGCGCCCGCCCCGUCCCGCGGAGCCCCGGGGGCGGGGGCCAGGUACGGCGGGGCGGGCCGGGCGGGCGGGGGAGGCGGCGGGGGAGGGCCCGGCGGCGGCGGCGGGCAGCUAAAGGCAGGUGGCCCCGGGAGCGGCCCCGGGCUGGCUCGGGGGUCCCGCGCUGGCCGGGGCCAUGCGGCGGGCGGCGGCCUGAGCGGGGCGGCCAUGGCCGGGGAGCGGCGGCCGGCGCUGACGGCGGUGCGGACCGAGGGCGCGGGGACCCCCGCGGGCGGCCCCGGCCCCGCCGGCGGGACCCCCCCGCCGCCACCCCCGCCCCGCCGCCGGGGGCUGCUGGCGGGGCCGCGCCCCGGAGCCGCCCCCCGCCCCGCCGGGGCCCCGCGCUGCUGCCGCCGCCGCCUCCAGAACUGCCUCUACAACGUGCUGGAGCGGCCCCGAGGGUGGGCUUUCAUCUACCACGUCUUCAUAUUCCUCCUCGUCUUCAGCUGCCUGGUGCUGUCGGUCUUCUCCACCAUCCAGGAGCACCAGAAACUGGCCAACGAGUGCCUCUUCAUCCUGGAGUUCGUCAUGAUCGUGGUGUUUGGCAUGGAGUACAUCAUCCGCGUCUGGUCCGCCGGCUGCUGCUGCCGCUACCGGGGCUGGCGGGGACGGUUCCGCUUCGCCAGGAAACCCUUCUGCGUUAUAGAUUUCAUCGUCUUCGUGGCCUCGGUGGCCAUCAUCGCCGCCGGCACCCAGGGCAACAUCUUCGCCACGUCCGCGCUGCGGAGCAUGCGCUUCCUGCAGAUCCUGCGCAUGGUGCGCAUGGACCGCCGCGGCGGCACCUGGAAGCUGCUGGGCUCCGUCGUCUACGCCCACAGCAAGGAGCUCAUCACCGCCUGGUACAUCGGCUUCCUCGUGCUCAUCUUCGCCUCCUUCCUCGUCUACCUGGCCGAGAAAGACGCCAACGUGCAGUUCGCCACCUACGCCGACUCGCUGUGGUGGGGCACGGUCACGCUCACCACCAUCGGCUACGGGGACAAGGCGCCGCAGACGUGGCUGGGCCGGAUGCUGGCUGCCGGCUUCGCCCUGCUCGGCAUCUCCUUCUUCGCCCUGCCCGCUGGGAUCCUGGGCUCCGGCUUCGCCCUCAAAGUGCAGGAGCAGCACCGGCAGAAGCACUUCGAGAAGAGGAGGACUCCGGCGGCAAACCUGAUCCAGGCUGCCUGGCGCCUGUACUCCACCGACGUCAGCCGGGCGUACCUGACGGCCACGUGGUGUUACUACGACAGCCUGCUGCCCACCUUCAGAGAGCUGGUACUUAUGUUUGAGCACUUGCACCGAGUUCGCAACGGAGGAUUUAGGAACUCAGAGGUGAAAAAAUUGCCCGACAGAGCCCCACCAACUUACCUCUCCUUCACCCCUGCCCAGAAAAGCCUGGCCACGUGUUCAGGGGAAAGCAACAAGAUGGGGCUCAAGGAGCGGAUCUGGCUGAGCAGCUCCCAGCGCCAGGGCAGCCGCGGCCGCCAGCAGCUGGGGCCCCCCCUGCACCGCUCCCCCAGCACCGAGGACGUGCCCGAGGCCACCAGCCCCACCAAGGUGCAGAAGAGCUGGAGCUUCAACGACCGCACCCGCUUCCGCGCCUCCCUGAGGCUCAAGCCGCGGACCCCGGUUGAGGCCGACUGCCCUCCGGAGGACAGCGGCGAGGAGAAGGGCUCCCACUGCGACCUGACCUUCGAGGACAUCAUGCCAGCGGUGAAGACCCUCAUCCGGGCUGUCAGGAUCCUGAAGUUCCUGGUGGCCAAGAGGAAGUUCAAGGAGACGCUGCGUCCCUACGACGUCAAGGACGUCAUCGAGCAGUACUCGGCCGGGCACCUGGACAUGCUGGGCAGGAUCAAGAGCCUGCAGACACGCGUGGACCAGAUCAUGGGCAGGGGGGCCCUGGCUGUGGACAAGAAGGUGAGGGAGAAGGGGGAGAAGCCGGCGCUGGAGAUGGAGCUGGUGGACGAGCUCAGCAUGAUGGGGCGCGUGGUCAAAGUGGAGCGGCAGGUGCAAUCCAUCGAGCACAAGCUGGACCUGCUGCUCGGCCUCUACUCCCAGUGCCUCCGCAAGGGCUCCACGAACUCCUUCAGCCUGGCAGCCGUGCGGGUGCCGCCCUGCGAGCCCGACAUCACCUCCGACUACCACAGCCCCGUGGACCACGAGGACAUCUCGGCCUCCGCCCAGACCCUCAACAUCUCCAGGUCGGCCAGCACCAACAUGGACUGAGGGGGAGGCAGAGGGAGGAUCCUGCCCAUGUGGGAUGGGGUGCCGGGAAUGCUGUGGCACCACCGGCCCUGCCCAGCCCCGGCCCUCGCCGUGUCACUUGAGCCAAGUCUUCCUCUGCGGGGGCACGGCUGCAAUGGGGUGCCUGCUCUGGGGGUGCAGUGGGAGCCCAUGGCAUGGCCAGACCACGCUCUUGGGAUGCUCCUGCCCUUCCUGGGGCAUGAAACACCCCCCCCCCCAGCUCCUGAGGCCCUGAGUGCUCCCCAGCCAAGGCGGGGAAUGCUCCAAGCUGGCCCAGUCUCCUGGGGUUUGGCUCGUACCCCAGUCCCAGCUCUCAGGACAUGUCCAGCUCCCCAGUGGGGUCCUGCCUGGUCCCCCCCGGAACUGAGCUGGGAUCACCACCAGCUAUGCAAGGUCCCACCUCCCUUCUGCUGCCGGUGCCGAGCGGGGCUGUGGGGGCACAGCCCAGUGUGGUUUGACCUGCAUCGCUCGGGGUCAGGGCAGCAGCAGGGCCCCCCCUGUUUGGGGAGUGGGGGUCUGUCCCCCCUCACCAGGCUGCACCUCUCUAGAAGCACAGCAGAGCCUUCUGCCUGCCCGUGCAUGCUCCCAGGGCAAUAUAUAUAUAGAAGAUAUAUAUAUAUAUAUAUAUUUAUGCAAUAAUGUCUUAAUAUGCAACACCCCCGGGAAGAGCAACCUGAGGGGACAUAGGCAAUAAGCAACCCCCCUGCCAGCUCCCAGGGCUGGAUCCUGCUGCCUGUGGGGGCCCUGGAGGUCCUGCGGGCUUGGGACCAGGUGAAAAACCUUCCCCCAAGGGUGGCCCUGGAGCUGUGAAGCUGGGCAGGGGCUGUGGAGGAGGCAGGGAUGCAGGCACAGGUGCUGUCCCCAAGGAGCAUCCCUCCCUCUCCUGCUCUUGCUUAGAGGAUUCCCUCCCUGCCGGGUCCUGCGGUGCUCAGUUUGUCCCUCCCCGUGUCCCUGUCCCCUCCGUGGUCCGGGGAGCAUGGGCCGGGCCUGGGGGGGUGACUGCCUGGUGGGGACAGGGGGAUCUCCUUGCAUGUCACCUGCAGCAGAGCCACAGCAGCUGCUGUGCUGCUCCAGUCCAGUCCCGGGGCUGGUUUCCAGUCCGGCUGGGCUGGAAGCGAUUGUGGUCGUGCCAAAGUUUGCCAGGCUGGAGCUGGCAGCAGCUCCUGCCCAGCCGGGGGUCCUGGGGGGGUGACACCCGCGGUGAGGGAUCUGCCCUGGGCUGGCAGGAUCCCAUCGAUCCCCUCGCUGCCAGUGCAGCCCCUCUCUGGGAUUCAGACCUUUGCAUCCUUGCCCGGCCGUGCCUCUGCUCCUGAGAGUGGGGACCCCCGGCCCUGCUCGUUUUCCGGCCCCCUUAGUGCAUGUGGCCAGCACGGGCCGUGCCAGAGCUGCUUACAGCCCCCCCACCUUGCUCCUGCACCGCCCUGGCCCCCUCCCUCGGCCCCGGGGGUGGGACACGAGGGGAUGGUGGGGUGCCGGGGGUGGGCGGGAGGUGGGUGGGUGCCGGGGAGGGUGCCCGGCCGCGGGGUGAGGGUGCAUGUGACAGCUUUGCCCGCAGCCGCACGCAGGAACUAACUCGUAGGACCCUCCCCCGGGGCUGGCUGGUCCCCGCAGACCUCCCGAGCCAGCGGUAGUUACCUCACUUGAUUAACUUAUUAACUUAUUUGUUUCAUUAAAAUUUGGAGUAGAGGC